CCCCUUCUUUCGUGCAAAGUCAAAGUCAAAAGGCCGGUUUUUGCCGUGUGUCCGGCAGCCAUGGAUAGUCAGGCUCAGGUGGUGGUGCGUGAUCAGGAGAGAUUCCUUUUCUUGGAGACGCCCAGCAAGAAACUCCUUCUCCCGUCCAGCCGAGUAAAAGCGGACGAAGACUUUGCUGCAGCGGCACAUCGAUGCAUCACUGAGACCCUCUGCAUGAACUGCGGGCUCCAAGGAGUCGUCAAAAUCCAGCACCAAACUGGGAAGAUAGUCAGACACACUGAGAAACUGGUGGUGACAUUUCUGGCCGAGAAGCUGGCGGGACAGCCGAACCUCGGUGCCCCCAGCAUGGCGUUAAAGUGGGUCUCCCUCUCUGAGCUGAGGGGACUGUCUUCGUUUGUGGUGGACACCGCUGUGAGACUGUUGGUUCAGUCUGUGCACAGUGGAGCGGCCAUCUACCCCGUCUCCCUCGUGGAGUGUCUGGACGUUCAGGGAGCAAGGAAGAGUGGUGGAGGAGGGAUGAGGAGGAGGGAGAGUGAGAUGGGUGUGGGGAGGGAAGGACAGGGGGAGCCAGGGGUAGGAGAGGAGCUGCCUCUUGAGGACCAGAUGCUGGAGCAGUCUGGAUACACCAAUCAUGAGCUGUCCCAGAUCAGUGAGGAGUACAGACAGCGAUGUGGAGGGGAAGGAGAGACUAUGAACCAGGAGCAGUUCACCAAACUACUCACGUCGCUGGGUUACCCUCUGGAGAGGUGUCCACAGUGCUUCAGAACACUGACUGGCUCUGCUGACUCGAAUCAAAUCUCGCUCAAAGAACUCUCGGUUGGCCUGUGUGCACUAGACCCUAGUACUCCUCACGGAGGGCUGAGUGCCCAGUUCAGAUGUCAGUUCAUCUUCUCCUUCUACAACACCUCGCGUACCGGAACCCUCAGCUUUUCUGAAUUCAGGGAGAUGGUGAGGGACAUAUGUGCUGGCAAGAGAGUGGAGCUGUCAGACGAGGAAGUUGAUCAGUCGGCCCAUGACAACUGGAAGAUUUUCGAGGUCCCGGGAGACGAGGGGAUACCGCUGGCCAGGUUUCUCUUCGUCGUGGGCCAACUAAAGUUCCGUGGGACCUCCGUCCUCUUCCGUCUUCCUCGUUCCCCCGUCCUGAAGACCGCGAGGACGCAACAGACCCGAGUGAGAGAACUGUCGCCUGGCCCCGGGGUAGUUACCUCGCUCUCUGGAGUAGCUACCCCGAUCUCUGGAGUAGCUACCCCGACCCCUGGGGACCAGCUGAAGGAACAGGCGGAUAAGUCGCCAAAAACGGAGAAGAAAGUUAGUUUUGCUGGUCUAGGGCCGACGGUGAAAGAGGAGGAGGACGGGAAGGGAGGGAUGGAGGUGGGGAGGGGAAGGGAGGAGGUGGACGGGGGGAAGAGGGAGGGGGAAGAGGCAAUGAAUAUUGAUCCCAACGAGACGCUGCCAGCGGGUAUGCCGGCCGUGAGGGUGAGGGGGGAAGACGAUAGCGAGGAAGACGCUGCUCUGGGGGCUCUGUCUGGACUGGAGGGAGACGGGUUUUCCAUCGCAACCCACUUCGUAAAGGUAAGAAGAAGUGGGGCGGUGGCGGAUGUGACGACCCUGUGGGACCUGGUCGGUACGGAGAUGGUGUCUGGUAGUCUGGACAACGUCCUCGCGUCACGACCUGGCUUCGACAGACUUCCCUCUCUCAACGCCUUCGACAAGCAAUCCAAGAGUAAUGAGAUGGUAUCGGGGCUUCGCUACUUUGAGCACGCCCUGAGGGACAAUGGGCGUGGCCAGCCGAAGCCGGCGUUCUCGUGGGGAGCGGUGGAUAUGGAUUCGGUGGCCAGGUGUUUCAUGGAGCUGUGCAGUAAGGCCGUGGACAUCUUCUCCUCUGAACCCAGACUGCUGGAAGUCAGCUCCCCGACCUACGUCCUUGGUGACUUACACGGGAAUUUCCACGACCUACUCUGUUUCGAGAAGGUCCUGUGGAGGAUGGGGCCCAUCCUCACCCCGGCCUCCUUCCUCUUCCUGGGAGACUAUGUCGACCGAGGCCUACACGGCUUCGAGGUGGUGGCCUACAUCUUUGCCCAGAAACUGCUCAUGCCGUCAAAGUUUAUGUUGAUUCGAGGAAACCAUGAGAUCAGAGCCGUGCAGGAGACUUUCUCGUACAAAACAGAAUGUAUUGAGAAGUUUGGUCCAGAGCUGGGGCUGGAGGUGUGGGAGGCAACUAACAAAGCUUUUGACACAAUGCCCAUUGCAGCUGUCAUUGACAAGAAGGUGUUUUGUGUUCACGGGGGGAUUCCCCUCCCGACCCUGGGUGACGGACUAAUCUCGUCCAUCGCAGAGGUCCCCGUCAACCUCAGUGAUCCUAUGGAACAGAGCCUGCUGGCCUGGGACAUUAUGUGGAAUGACCCCAUUCGGAGCUGUGAAAUAGAUGACGUCAUUGAGCAGCAAUUAGACGAGAACUGCGGUUUUAUCGAUAACUUUGCCCGUGGCACAGCUCACAUGUUCAACUCUGUAGCUCUGGAGCAGUUUCUGAAGAGAAACGGACUCUCGCAUGUCAUCAGAGCCCACGAGUGUAUGGCUGCUGGUUUCCAGUUGCAGCAGAAUGGCCGUCUCCUAACUGUGUUCUCGUCCUCCCACUACUGCGGAGCGACCAACGAGGCAGCCUGCGUCCUCGUCCACAACCGGAAGAUCAGGACAAUCCGACUGGACACUACGUGACUUCCACACAACACCACAACAAGUUCCCGUCUCACACAAUUAUUAUUAUAUAACGACCUCUUCGGGUAUUGUAUUAUGAUUUGUAUUAUACAUCACUUCCUCCUUUUUUUUUUUUAUGAUGUGGCUUUCAUCACACCAACAGAGCUAAUUAUCAUGACUAUGCUUCCAAUACACCAGCAUGCGAAAAUAUUUAAAACAUAUAUAUACGAACUUUAUAAAAAAUAAAAAAAGAUGAUAUAGUCUGAAUAAAUAGUCCUUUAUUGAUUGGGUCAUAUUGCCACGUCUGCCAUAGACUCACUGACUCUGUACAUUUCCACCAGUUGGCGGCAUUCUUCCCUAAGACCAUCAAGUACCUCAUUAGAGGGGCCCCCACACGCCCCCCACAGCUCCUCGUUUUCGCUCUCCCCACUCUCCAACACGUCCGCUACCAGAGCCUCCGUCAAUUCGAUCCAGUCCAGCUCUGAAUCCGGGACGCCCCGUUUGGAGAUCGUGUUGACCAGCCUCUGCUCGCACACCAGUGCAUUCAACUCGUAUUUCAGCGUUUCAAUUCUCACCUGAUGUUCAUGAUCCUCACCCCUAUCUCCCCGCUUCUUCUUUCGAGAUUUACCACCAUCUGAAGUUGGAGGAACCCAUGGCUUUCUUCGCUCGUUAAAUUCUUUGCCUUUUCUCUUGAAAAUCACUCUCUGUGGGCCCUUUCUCGUGUCGAGGACCGUGUUUUUGAGAGGUUUUACGACAACACCUUCGGCCGUGUUCUUUCUGUCGGCGAGAGGCGGUAGGUUGAAUUUCACCGGGAGUUUUGUCUCGAAGCCGAGUUCCAGAGACAGCAUGUCCUGUAGUGUGCCUGCCUUCAGUGGUUCGCAGUAGAGGAAGCCAACUCUACUGAACAGCUGCAUGCACACAUUGUAGUCCAGGAACUCUUGUGUGUUGUCAGUGUGCGUGACAGCCACGUCGUAUGCAAUGAAUCUGUUCUCGGGACAGUAGACCACUUCUCUUUGGAUCUUGACGGCAUUACUGGCCUGCGGGACGUCUGGAUGAGGGUACCAUCCUCCAAAUAGUUCACCAAACACGGUAACUGAGGAGACGUCACUGCAGUGGCCCUCUCUGACGGCGCUAAACAGUCUCCUGGUCUUCUCUCCCUCCUCCUCCAGCAACGCCCGGUUCUUACACAGCCCGUAAAAGUUCUCUCCCUCUUUUAGGUAUGCGGUCCGUUUUGCAGCCCUCGCAGGGCCAAUUUCGCCCCCCGGGGUCUCGGCACUGACGGUGAACGAGAAAUUGGCCCCGUGGAUCUUUUCCAGGGCGACCCACUGCUUGAUAGCGUCCAGGUGCCGUGAUGUCCAGCCGUUCGUGUCCGUCGGCAUCUUCUCGUAGGGAGAGAAGGCCUCGGGAUGCUUGUCCUUGACCGGCGUAUUCUCCGCCAUAUUCUAGCUCCAGUUCAGGCACUAGUAGAUGAGUUUCUGUCCAGAGAAAGUGCAUUUUUAUAACGCCGCGUAU